AUGGACACAGGUGUACUAUAUUUCAUCGUUCUUGUGGGUGGAGUAACGGGCCUCUGUCCUCAGUGGGAGUGGGCAAGCGGGUCUUACUAUUGCCUCGUCGAUGACACCAUGACGUGGGACGAAGCUCAAGCGACUUGCUCUGGUAUGAGUGGCAGCAUGGCCGUACCUGAUUCCAAUGAAGAGCAUCAGUUCAUUUGGCAAAUGUUCAAGGAGAACUCUCGCGUAGGAAGUCUUUGGAUCGGUUGCAGGCACGAUUCGAUGGAAGGCAGGUAUGUGCAGCCAGGCAAUGGAGGUAAGGAGUGCGUAUACACCAAGUGGGCGCCGGGGGAACCGAUCGGUAAUGCAGGGCAAGAUUGCGUGCAGCUGUGGGAUGUAGCGGGCGGUCGUUGGGAUGACACAAAAUGUACUCGGGAUCGCUCUGUGAUCUGUGAGCGUCCUGCCCGUGCGUUUCCCGCCAAUCUGUCCUGCAUGCAGGCUGAUGCUAGAGGCCGCUUCACCGCACCGUAA